GAAGAACAAGCUUAAUACACUUUUGGUGUAACUAACGCCCCUUUUGUUAUGACAGAUACUGUAAUUUUGGAGAAAACUUUAUAUAGAGAUAAGAACUUCGAUACUAUGUAUAUAUUCAAUACAAUGUAAUUACAACGAAAAUAUUAACGAUUGUGCAGUGCGGAGGAUCUCACAAAAAUGUUUACGUCUCAUAGAAACAAGUUAUAAAUAAGAGAAAGUAGAAAGAAGAUACAUAAUAUAAAUUAAGGUUGAGCCAUGGCAGCCAUUCGGCAUACUUUACAGAGGGAAGUAUUUACUCCUAGUGAUGAGAAACUACUGAGUGUAUGUUAUGUCAGUAAGGCUUAUAAAAAGAAAAAGAUGAGUUUUUUAUGUCUCGCUACAACGACAGAUACACCAGGAUCUCUUAUAUUAUAUCAAGUGAAGAAAAAUGACAAGAAUGUUUAUAAGAAGAAACAGUCCUGGCCUCUGAGCGAUAUACAAGUUGUAGAUGGUGUAAAAAGUGAUUCGAUGGACAUAGAGUUACAUAUUGAUAAAGUAUAUAAAUGGUCAUCCACUACGGUACAAGAGAGGCGAACGUUUAUCAGUAAUUUGUAUACUUACUCGUGCAGUUUAACUCAGAGACCAGAAUUUAAGAAUAUUCCUAAAGAAUGGCUAAUUGAUCCGACAGCAUUGAAGGAGAGUGACAGUAUCACAUUUACACCAGACCUCUUAGCAUCACCUAUUUCUUCAGACUACCAACCUAUUACUGAGAAAGAAGCUGCAGAUUUGAAACACAUGAUAGAAAAUUGUGAAUAUGCUGUUUCUAAUGCUGAACUUUUUAUGGAAACACUUUCAAAGGAUCUGUCUAUUCUUGAUGGGGAAAACGUGCACUCAGUCUUAGCAUCGGAGCAAAGAGUGACACAAUUGAUGAAUAGUAUAGAUGCUGCAAUAAUUGAGGCUUCCAUCGUGGAGGCGCGAUUGGCGGCGUAUGAUGAAGCAUUAGGAAGAAUAAGAGAAGUAAUGGCCCGGGUUGGUCAGAAGAAUCAGGCUAUACAUACGGCGAAUAAUAACGCGAGAUUAUUAUUAAAUCAACUAAAUAUGGUGAUUUCACAGUUAGAUAUUUCCGCAACGCACCAACGUGCUUUGAACGAAGCCGAGUUACCGGCCGAAAGAGAAGAGCUCAGUUUGGCAGGUGCGGCGCUUUUGAAGGCAAUCACAGCACCUCUUCCACCGGGUCUGGACAAAUUGAGCGCUGUCACUGAACAAAAAAGGCGAUUGGACAAACUCAAGGCGAAAUUUUCAGUCAUUGUUGCAAGACAUCUAAAUAAUCUUUUUAUACAUUUGGGUAACGAUAUCGGAGAUACAUCGGCUUCCAUGACAGAGCUAAUUCUACCUACUCACCAAGGGGUUCAUCACGAGCUGGUGCCGUAUACCGAAUUGAUGCAGCUGCUAAGAGCGCUGGAUAACAAGGCGUUUGUGCAGUUAACCAAGGUUUACACCGACACCAUGAGCAAACUAUAUAAAAGGGAUCUGAAGCGCUUCUUCGAGGAAGCCAAAAACAAACUGAUUGCCAAGCGGCUGCAAGUAAAUACAUCAAGGUCUAGCGGCCAAAAAGGCGAGGAUCUGCUUAAUCCGGCUCCCAUCUGCUUGCUGAGCGGCGAAGUAUGGGCGCCUGUGGGCGAGGGGAAUCUCUUGGAUUCGGUGCUCGACUGCGUGCUUUCGCAAAUGCAGCCGGUGUGUCUCGCUGAGCAAGGAUUCUGCGUCUCGUUUCUUCAACUGGAUUCCGUUCUCUCGCCUUCCAAAAGUAGCGAGAUAGAAGAGAUAGAGAACACGAGUAACGGCGCAGCGAGUCCCGGUUCGGUGACUUCGACGGCGAGCAAGAGACUGGAGCGGCAGGUGAAUGAGGACGUACGCGCAACGAUGGCUGCGAUAUUCCCGUCGUUGGAGGCCGAAUUGAACAAUUUCAUCGGUUUCUUGGACAAAAUAGACAGUUUCUGGUGUAUGUACGUACUGGUGCGUUUGUCGCAACACGUCAUGUCCGCCCAGGAUACCGGCUCGUUUCUGUCAAUGACAUUCGCGUCUGCUCUGAUCCACGUGAAACGCGCGUUCGACAAGUUCAUGCAAGCACAGUUGCAGUCCAUAUUGUGUGACACGAAAGUUAAUCGCCGGCACAAGUGCGGCAUACUGCCGUACAUAGAGAACUUCGGGCCUUUCGCGAGAAUCGCGGAAAAGAUCUUCCGUAACUCCGACAGAAAGGUCGAUCUCGACAAGUGGUACACGAAGCUGGUGAGCACCAUGUUCGAUGCUAUCGUCAUUCACAGCCGAGAACAUCACAAGACGCCACAAGAGGUCAUAAAAAUGGAGAAUUUCCAUCACCUGUACGAUCUUUUGUCGCAAUUAAAGAUCUCCGUGCUGGAUCACGAGCGAAAAGAAGCUAAACAAAAAUAUCAAGAUGCACUGCGUGCUUACGUUACGCAAUAUUUUGGCCGGCCUCUUGAGAAACUUAAUUUAUUCUUUGAAGGUGUUCAAGCUAAGGUAGGGGCCGGCGUAAAAGAAUCCGAAGUUAGUUAUCAGAUGGCUUUCAGCAAACAGGAGUUAAGACGAGUGGUAAAGGAAUAUCCUGCGAGAGAAGUUAAGAAAGGUUUGGAGAACCUGUAUCGUAAAGUUGAGAAGCAUCUGUGUGAAGAGGAGAAUUUAUUGCAGGUCGUCUGGCGUGAGAUGCAGAAUGAAUUUAUCGCGCAAUAUAGAAAUAUCGAAGAGCUGAUACAACGUUGCUAUCCGGACAGUAUGGUGACAUUGGAAUUUACUAUCCAAGAUAUUUUAGAAUUCUUCUCAGAAAUAGCGCGAUCUCAUUAAAUAGCUGGAACGUAAUAAAAUAACAUUGUUUAAUUUGACUCAGGUAAAUAUGAAUAUAAUUACUAGAACAAUUUUAAAGAUAAUUAUGCUGCAAAAUCAUGUAUAUGCAAGUAUUCUCAAAUAUUACAAUACUUCGACAAAAAACUGUGUAACAAUUGAAUAACAAUAAAGUUAUUUUAAUACUACAGAAUAUUAAAUA